AUGGCCGCGAAGGGCUUUGAGAGGCCGAAAGCAUCCGCGCGAUCCAUCCAGCAGUCUAUUGACCACUUCGCCGCGGUCCGCCGCGGUGGCUCAAAGUGCCCGAUACCGCACUGUGGAGAGGGAUCUACAGCGCAACGCUCAUUUGUUCUGGAUUGGGGUCGCUUUCGCUGCCCAGGACUAAGCUUUGCAUGUCGACAGAAGCUACCUUGUUUGCGCACACUUCGUUCGAACCCACUCGCCUGAGCAACUUGAGUGCCACGUCUACGACGCAAGACAUUGUACUACCCGUUUCUGACGAGGAGUCACGAGUCACGAUGCCUCUUUACUAA